ACAACAUAUUAUAUGACCGAGAAUUAUAACUGAACAAGAUGAGAAAAUUUGAGAUAUUUCUGGUGGUUUUCCUUUCUUGUGUUUGUAAAUACAGUGAUUGCUUGCUUAGCCUGGACGACACUGGGGUAGCAGAACUUCAUAGACGAUACAAACGGGAUACAGGAAGCUGUGAUAAUACAACAUUAUAUCGUCGACCAGACGGAACAUGUAACAAUUUACAGAAUUCUAAAUGGGGCUCGGCUAAUCAACCACACAAAAGACUUAUAGCUGCUGUUUACGGCGAUGGAAAGGCAUCACCUAGAUCUAAAUGUGGUAAUGGUGGAGCAUUACCAAGUCCAAGAGUUAUCUCAAGUGCAGUUAAUUCCCCUCGAGUUAUAGAUGAUAUUUUCACGGUAUGGAUGAUGCAGUGGGGACAGUUUAUAGAUCAUGACAUUACAUUAACACCAACACUAAAAUCUGAUGUGCCUUGUUGUGGUGGUAAUCCGCCUACCGGAGGCCCGUGUUUUCCGAUUAGUGUUCCUGCGAAUGAUCCCUAUUUCAGCCAGUUUAAUAAAACCUGUCUCAACUUUAUAAGAUCAGCUCCUGUUCCCGAUAGUGAGCCAAGAGAACAGUUCAACGCAAUUACCAGUUAUGUCGAUGCUUCAAAUGUAUAUGGAAGUAGUAUGUCCGAAUUAGACUCUCUUCGAUCUAAAUCUAAUGGUAUGUUGUUAAACAAUGAUAACCGACUACCCAGGAACCCUGUUGAUAAUUGUAUUUUAAAUCAAAGCAAUGAUGCGUACUGUUUUAAAGCUGGUGACGCAAGGGUCAAUGUAUGGCCGGGGUUAUCUACUAUUCAUACGAUAUUCAUGAGAUUGCACAACCUGAUAGCUACCGAACUAAAACAAUUAAACUCAUCGCGGUCAGAUGAAGAGCUUUUUCAGAACACCAGAAGAAUCGUAGAAGCUAUCAACGCACACAUUAACUACUAUGAAUAUCUGCCUCUUGUUCUUGGACCAGGUCAAACGUCUAAAUACGACCUGAAUAAAGAGGAUUCGCAUUACGACAAUAGUACCAAUCCUUCGAUACCCAACAGUUUCUCCACAGCUGCGUUCCGUUUUGGUCAUUUACAGAUCCCGGACAAGUAUUGUGGUCAAAAUUUGGAGAAUUUCUACAACAAAACGGAUUAUGUGAUAAAGGAAGGUAUCACCAAAACUGCUCAAUGUCUUACGGAAGAGUUAGGACAGAAAUAUGGAAGCCACCCAACUGAUGCAAUUUGUAAUCAUUUGUUCCAAGUCGCUCCUGGCGUGUCCAAUGAUCUCAUCGCUUUAAAUAUUCAACGUGGUCGCGAUCAUGGUUUGCCAUCCCUCAAUGAUUUUCGAGAGCUGGCCUGCAACCUAUCGAGAGUAACAAACUUUACAGAUCCGAAACUUGGAAACUCAGGAGAUGCUUUAAGUUCUGUUUAUUCUCGUGUUGAUGAUAUUGAAUUGUUUCCUGGUGGCGUAGCUGAACCACCAGUACCUGGUGGCAUCGUCGGUGAAACAUUUGCCUGUAUCAUUGGAAAAACUUUCUCUGACUUGAAGAAAGGUGACCGUUUCUACUAUGAGAGGAACCUUACGCCAGAUCAACUUAAAGAAAUCAAGAAAAUAUCCCUGGCUAAAGUUAUCUGUGAUACAACUUCAACAGGCCAGAUUCAACCAAAUGUCUUCAGAGAGACUUGUGGAUGCAACCAGAAGACUGACUGUAGCAAUAUCCCUGGAAUCGACUACAGUAAAUUUGCUGAUCAUAGCGCAGAAUAAAACUUUUGAUUUUCGCAUUUUAUUUAUUUUUAUUAUUGUUAAUUCCAUCCCUCUAUUACAGGGAAUAAAUAUAUAAGCAUUUUAAAUUUAUUAGGAAUAUAUCAGUACAAUUAUUAUUAUUGCUAUAGCACAUUUUCAAAUGGAUUUGAGUUGUAAAUUUAUCAGUAUAUUAUUAUUAUUGCUAUAGCACAUUUCAAAUUGAUUUGAGUUGUAAAUGUAUCAGUAUAUUAUUAUUAUUGCUAUAGCACAUUUCAAAUGUAUUUUGAGGAAUAACUAUAACGGUGCAAGUA